AUGUUGCACAGUAACAUUUUCACUAAGGACUCCAAGUAUAGGAAGGAAUUCUUUACGACUUGUCAAGAGGAUCGCCCCUUAAUUGUACAGUUUUGUGGCAAUGAACCGGAUAUAAUGGCUGCUGCAGCAAAACUUGUCGAAAAAGAUUGCGAUGCCAUCGAUGUUAAUCUUGGAUGUCCCCAGUCUAUAGCAAAGCGUGGUAGAUAUGGAGCAUUUUUACAAGAUGAUUGGACUCUUUUAAAAAGAAUUAUUGCUGCGAUGUCAGAAGCUGUUGCCAUACCUAUUACCUGUAAAGUAAGGGUUUUUGAUAAUAUUGACAAGUCAAUAGAAUAUGCCUUAAUGUUACAAAGUGCUGGAUGUAAGCUUUUGACUGUCCAUGGAAGAACAAGAGAACAAAAAGGGCCUCUUACCGGUGUUGCCAGUUGGAAACACAUAAAAUCAGUUAGGAGUGCUGUAUCAAUACCUAUGUUUGCAAAUGGCAACAUACAAUGCUUAGAAGAUGUGUAUAGAUGUCUAAAAUACACUGAAGUAGAUGGUGUUAUGAGUGCAGAAGGUAUCUUAACAAAUCCUGCACUUUUUGAGGGGAUUAAUCCAGUAACCUGGGAAAUUGCUAGCGAAUAUCUUCUUCUUGUUGAAAAGUAUCCUUGCCCAUCAUCUUUCAUAAGAGGCCAUUUGUUUAAAAUAUUCCAUAAAAUAUUUACCUUUGAAACUAAUACAAAAGAAAGGGAGCUCCUAGCUACAGCACAAAAUCUAGAUGACUUCAGACAAGUAUGCAUAAAAAUAAGAGAUAAAUACUCAGUAUUCCAUGAAGGCACAAUAAAUUUUUUGGAUGACGAUGCUAUAACCAGACAAGGAUAUGAUCUAAUUUUACCACCAUGGAUAUGUCAACCAUAUGUUAGGAUUUCACCAGAAGAACACACUCAAAAAAUGGAAUUGUUGAGUAAACAACAGUGUAAUAAUGAUAAGAGAAUCCUCAAUGAACCUGAUGGAAAUGUUUUAUCAAGGAAGAAAAUGAAAAAGUUAAGACGUUAUAUGAGAAGACCAACAAAGCCAGAUGAAAAAGCUGAUGGAACAAGAGAAAUAUGUAUGAACAUUGUAUGCCCUAACCCUUUAGGAGCUAAAUGCGCGUAUAAGCUGUGUAAAAAGUGUUGCCGAAACAAAUGUUUUGAAGAAGACUGCUUUUGCAUAGCUGUUGCGCACCUCUCUUCGCAGUCAGGUGUAAACAGGCAG